UUGAGCGCUUCAUCAGUCUCAAACUCUCGAGUCUUUGACGAUACAAACUCACAACAGCGGGACAAAAUGGCAGAAGAAGCUCCAGCACCAGCCGCCGCCGCGCCCAAAGCAGCCAAGAAGAAGGCGUCCAAGCCCAAGAAGGUCGGUCCCAGUGUCUCUGACCUCAUCGUGAAAACUGUGGCCGCAUCCAAGGAGCGGAGCGGCGUGUCUGCUGCCGCCGUCAAGAAGGCUCUGACCGCCGGAGGAUACGAUGUGGACAAGAACAAGGCCCGCGUCAAGACCGCCAUCAAGAGCCUGGUGGCCAAGGGGACUCUGGUCCAGAUCAAGGGGAUCGGGGCCUCUGGCUCCUUCAAGAUGAGCAAGACCACCGCCGACAAACCGGCAAAGAAAGCCGCUCCUAAAGCCAAGAAGCCCGCAGCGAAGAAACCUGUAGCGGCCCAAAAGCCCAAAGCAGCGGCAGUUAAGAAAGUUGUAGCCGCUAAGAAGUCACCGAAGAAGGCCACGAAACCCGCAGCGGCCAAAAAUGUGGCCAAGAGCCCCAAAAAGGUAGCCAAGAGCCCCAAAAAGGUAGCCAAGAGCCCCAAGAAGGUGGUGAAAAAGGCCCCCGCAGCCAAGAAAGCCCCUGUGAAGAAGGCUGCUAAGCCCAAGGCCAAGAAAGCAGCACCCAAAAAGAAGUGAGCUUAGAUCAUUCUAAAGAAUUGACACCUAUAAAAAAGGGCUCUUUUAAGAGCCACACAAUUCAUCUUUAAAGAGCUUUUCCAUAUAUUUAUUUUUAAAUUAGAGUGAUGCAGAAUUUGAAUUUAUGUGAGAAUCUGCUGGAAUCAACUGGUUCCAAACAGAUUUACCACAUGAACAUUAAUGUGGCAAAAUAUUUUUUGAUUUACUGUAUUUUAUUGAAUUAUGCAAUUGUACGUUAAUGUUAAUCGCAGGUGCUGGGAAAUCAAGAGGAAAAUGUAACAUCGUUACGUCCACCAUUUUGAUUUGAGCAAGCAUGAUCUUCUAAAGACAUGAUAAGCGUUACUUGUCCAUCAGACCUGCAUGUCUAAAAUAUAAAAUAUUUCAAUUCAACAAAACAUAAAGUUGAGAGAAAUGAUCAAUUCAAGUAAUUACUGCUCCAUUGUUAUAAAUGCAAUAGACGCAUUAAAAAAUAGUUCAUAGA